AUGGACGAAAAAGCUCAUUUUAUUAAACAAGGAUUGCCACAUGAAGUUCUAGACAUAUCAUUAAGAUGUAGAAGACAAGCUUUGCUACUUAUAAUAUUUUCCAUUAUUACCCUGAUAAUUACAAUAGCCAACUUAAUCACAUACUCUUAUCAUAACCUGUAUUCAUGAAUAAUCGAAUUAUUUACAAGCCUAGUCGGAAUUGCUAUCGGAAUUUUAGGACUGCACGCAGUGCAGUCUCAAAAGCUACAUAUUGUAAAGCGCUACAAAUUCUGUAUCAUUAUUUACGCAUUUUAUUUCUUAACUUAACUUAGACAGACGGGCGCGUGCCCUUAAUUUUAACGAAAUCACCGAGGAUCCCUUGUGGGAUUCAUCCGCUUUGCGACCUCCCUCGCACAUAUAGUGUGAGUACUGAGGCCUCCUCCUUGCCUCUUGUAAAAGGCUCCAGUGUUGAGUGGGCAGACUACGGGUUUGUGCCUCCUGAGGCUGUAGUUGACGAAGUUGGCGUUCCGAAAUUCAAAAAAAUGGAAUUUCUGGUAGCCUAUCGGCAAAAGGGUUAAGUCCAGAUCCUGGACGCAACGCCCAGUUUCACGCUAGGCAGUUGCCCGAUUGGUCUAGGUAUCACCUAUAGACUUCGCUGGGCUUGCCCUUUCCAAAUCUGAAUCCUCCUUUCCUUCGAGGUAAAAACUAGUCUCUGAAUUGGGCUUGGGCUAGGUUCUGCGCUCCUGCAGAAUUAGUUGCCUAGCAUGCCGUCCUUUCAAGGCUAGAAAACCUUGCCGGAUAUAAUUAAAAUAUGGGUCGGAGGCUGUAUGGCCGAGAGGCCAUACCUAGACGAAGACGCCAUAUUUUAAUUACGCAUUUUAUUUCAUUGCCAGCACUAUUGCUACAGGCCUUCUUGAAUUCAUAUCAUAUUUAAUGUCUUCAAACAAUGCUGCUGAAGAUGGAAUUAUAGGAGUUGCUUUAGGUUUAAUAAUUGUUGCUUCAAUUCCAAUAUGUUGGUGAUGCUCGGUUAGUGCUAUUAUUUACAAUAGGAAUUUAGAAAGCUAUGAAAGAAACCCUUAUGAUGCUGGUAUAACAAUUGAAAAAGUAUCAACAGAAGUAGGAGGAUCAAGUCUGAACCCUAUAAGAGGAUCUAUGAUAAACAUCUAA